ACGGGAUUUGGGCGUUGGUCCUUUUCCCCGUCCGGCUGCAGUUGAAAGACAGUCCGAGUCCCUCCUCCAUGGCCCUCGGGUCACUGCUGUCCCUGUGGGUAAUCCCCGCUAGGCCGAUGGCCUCGGGGCCAGGGCUCUUUUUUGCUUAUGACUCGAUGAUUCACCUAUAUUGCCUCUCUUUCUCCUUCUGCCCUCGAGCACUCCUCUCCUCUUAUAUAUAUUUUCAACCCCCCCCGUAAAAUCCCUCAUCCCCAGCUUUCUACUUUUUACUUUUUUUUUCCCUCUCGUCCCCUCUUGUCUGCAACACCCAAGUACAGCAAGCAGACACUUGAGACACCUAUAGUAUCUAGCUUCUGCGCCAUACAUCCCAAUCACUCUCCACUCUACCACCCCCAGAAAAAAACACAUCAUGGCUUUCAACAACAUGGCCAACCCGGGCGUCGACCCGAACAAGGAGGAGCAGCAGUACCUGGACGAGGUCGCGGAGGUCAAGAAGUGGUGGUCAGACUCCCGGUGGAGAUACACCAAGCGCCCAUUCACAGCCGAGCAGAUUGUGGCGAAGAGGGGCAACUUGAAGAUUGAGUACCCCAGCAGCACACAGGCAAAGAAGCUCUGGAAGAUAUUGGAGAACCGAUUCCAGAACCGUGAUGCGAGUUACACCUACGGCUGCUUGGAGCCGACGAUGUUGACUCAGAUGGCGAAAUACCUCGAUACUGUCUACGUUUCUGGCUGGCAAUCCUCUUCUACUGCCUCUUCAUCCGACGAGCCUGGCCCAGAUUUGGCAGACUACCCAUACACCACCGUCCCAAACAAGGUCGCUCAUCUCUUCAUGGCGCAACUUUUCCACGACCGAAAGCAACGGGAAGAGCGCAUCACCACCAAAUCGAAAGCCGAGCGCAGCAAACUCCCCAACAUUGACUACCUCCGACCCAUUAUCGCAGAUGCCGAUACUGGACAUGGUGGUUUGACGGCGGUUAUGAAGCUGACCAAGUUGUUCAUUGAGAAGGGUGCUGCUGGUAUUCAUAUUGAGGACCAGGCCCCAGGGACCAAGAAGUGCGGUCACAUGGCCGGAAAGGUGCUGGUACCUAUCAGCGAGCACAUCAACCGCUUGAUCGCCAUCCGUGCGCAAGCCGACAUUAUGGGAUCUGAUCUCCUUGCAAUUGCCCGAACUGAUGCUGAAGCUGCCACACUCAUCACCACCACGAUCGACCCCCGUGACCAUGCCUACAUUCUUGGUUCUACCAACCCAAAUCUCCAGCCCCUCAACGAUCUCAUGAUCGCUGCUGAGCAGGCUGGCAAGACCGGUGCUGAGCUCCAAGCCAUUGAAGACAAAUGGACCGAACAGGCUGGUCUUAAGCUCUUCAACGAGGCCGUCAUUGAUACCAUCAAUGCCGGCGUACACAUCAACAAGAAGGAAUUGGCCGCCCAAUUCCUGAAAGAUGUUAAGGGCAAGAGCAACGCUGAGGCGAGAGCUAUCGCCAAGGCCAUCACUGGUGUGGAUAUCCACUGGGACUGGGACAGCCCCAGAACCCGUGAGGGUUACUACAGAUUGAAGGGUGGCUGCGAUUGCGCCAUCAACAGAGCCAUUGCCUAUGCGCCAUAUGCUGAUGCCAUCUGGAUGGAGAGUAAGCUUCCAGACUACGCGCAAGCGGAGGAGUUCGCCAAGGGUGUCCACGCCGUCUGGCCCGAGCAGAAGCUCGCUUACAACCUUUCGCCAUCGUUCAACUGGAAAGCUGCCAUGCCUCGCGCGGAGCAAGAGACGUACAUUCAACGUCUCAGCAAAUUGGGAUACUGCUGGCAGUUUAUCACGCUUGCUGGUCUGCACACGACGGCCCUGAUCUCGGACACCUUCGCCAAGGCGUACAGCCGGCAAGGCAUGCGUGCCUAUGGCGAGCUGGUGCAGGAGCCCGAGAUGGACGGCGGCGUCGACGUGGUCAAGCACCAGAAAUGGUCGGGAGCCAAUUACAUCGACGAGCUGCUGAAGAUGGUGCAGGGUGGUGUGAGCAGUACUAGUGCGAUGGGUAAAGGUGUGACGGAGGAGCAAUUCCAUUAG